AUGGAGGAGGAGAUGCAGCCCGCGGAGGAGGGGCCCAGCGUCCCCAAAAUCUACAAGCAGCGCAGCCCCUACAGCGUCCUCAAGACGUUCCCCGGCAAGCGCCCCGCGCUGGCCAAGCGCUACGACAGACCCACCCUGGUGGAGCUGCCGCACGUCCGGCCGCCCCCGCCGCCCUUCGCGCCGCUCGCCGCCGGCCCCAUCAGCAGCAGCGAGCCGCCGCCGCUCCCGGCGCCGAGCUCCUACCCCCCCGGGCCCGGCCGGGCCGCCGCGUCCUCCUCGUCACCGUCGUGCGCGCCCGGCGCCCCCGGCCCCCUGAGGACCCCGGCGCCGCCGCCCGCGGGCCCCGCCGCGUCGUCGUCCUCGUCUUUCGCCGCCGUCGUGAGGUACGGCCCGGGCCCGGCGGCGGCCGCGGGGAGCAGCAGCGCCAGCGGCGACGGCGCCGGCGUGGAGCUCAGCGCAGAGAGUCGGAUGAUCUUGGAUGCUUUUGCCCAACAAUGCAGCCGCGUCCUUAACCUCUUAAACUGUGGAGGAAAACUUCUGGACUCCAACCAUUCUCAGUCCAUGAUUUCUUGCGUAAAACAGGAAGGUUCAAGUUAUACUGAAAGACAAGACCAGUGUCACAUUGGGAAAGGCGUCCACAGUCAGACCUCAGACAAUGUUGACAUAGAGAUGCAAUAUAUGCAAAGGAAACAACAGACUUCUGCCUUUUUGAGAGUUUUCACUGACUCCCUACAAAAUUACCUGCUCUCGGGGAGCUUUCCAACACCAAACCCCUCUUCAGUCAAUGAGUAUGGCCACCUGGCUGAUGUGGAUCCUCUGUCAACCUCCCCAGUUCAUACAUUAGGUGGCUGGACCUCCCCAGCAACAUCUGAAUCCCACGGCCACCCAUCCUCUUCGACACUGCCUGAGGAAGAAGAGGAGGAGGAAGAAGAAGGCUAUUGUCCUCGAUGCCAAGAGCUGGAGCAGGAGGUUAUUUCAUUGCAACAAGAAAAUGAAGAGCUCAGAAGGAAAUUAGAGAGUGUCCCAGUGCCCUGCCAGACUGUUUUAGAUUACUUGAAGACAGUGCUGCAGCAUCACAACCAACUCCUGAUCCCACAGCCAGCUGACCAGCCCACCGAGGGAAGCAAGCAGCUGUUGAACAACUAUCCUGUCUACAUAACAAGCAAACAGUGGGACGAGGCUGUAAAUUCUUCAAAGAAAGAUGGGAGACGACUCCUUCGAUACCUCAUCAGAUUUGUUUUCACAACCGAUGAGCUUAAGUACUCAUGCGGCCUUGGGAAAAGGAAAAGGUCAGUGCAGUCAGGAGAGACAGGUCCUGAAAGACGCCCUCUGGAUCCAGUUAAAGUAACAUGCCUCCGAGAAUUCAUUAGGAUGCACUGUACCUCCAACCCUGACUGGUGGAUGCCUUCGGAGGAACAAAUAAACAAAGUAUUCAGCGAUGCUGUGGGUCAUGCCCGGCAAGGGCGGGCAGUGGGGACUUUCCUGCACAACGGAGGUUCGUUUUAUGAAGGCAUCGAUCACCAGGCUUCCCAGGAUGAAGUCUUCAAUAAAAAUUCCCAGGAUGGGUCUGGGGAUUAGUGGACAAAAUCUUUCCAUUGUAGCAGCAGGUCUCUCAAGAGUUCCAUUUGUGAAUGUUUGUUACCAUCACCCCAGAGUCCAAAGCAUGUCAUUCUUUCACACUUUACACAUCUUAAACCUACUGCCAUAGUUCCCAAAUAGAAAUCCAUUUUAGGGUUUUGGGGGAAGUCUAUGGAGACUACAAAAGACUUUUCAUAAUUGUAUAAAAGAAAAAAACACAAAUUGAUUAUUACACUGAUGGUGAGGAUGGAAAAAACUUAUUGCUUCUGGUCACCUGUCUGAAAUUUUCAAGUAAGCACUGCUUCCUGAGCAGAGCUAGGCCCCACAGAAUUUGACUUAGUGUUCCUGCCCUGGGGAAAAGGUAGAGACAUAGGAUUAUUUUAGGGGACAAGGAACAAGCAUUCUCUUACUCUAACUCAAGUAAGUUGUCAUUUUGUCUUCCAAAGACUUGAAUUCAUACUUCUCAGCAAAAAACAUAAAGGUGACAUUAUAUACUGUCUCUGCAUUGACAAAGCCUGUUAUUAGUGGGAAACCAGAGAACAGGCCACCUCUACAGACAAUUUCAAUUAUUUCAAAAUAAUUGAAAGUCAGUUAUUUUUCUCAGUUAUUUUUACAAAAAAAAUUCUGUGUGAUCAAGAAGGCACUAAGUGAACUCUGGAGUUUACAAACACUAGUAGUUUUCAUUAUGCCAGUCUAGAAACAUCCAAAGAUCCAAAACUGUUUUUCAAAAGCUUGAUUUUGUAGAUUCAUAGAUCCACAGUUCCAUAGCCUUAAAUCAGGCUUUGUAAGACACAAUACCAAAGUGAUGGGUUGAACAAUGAGAAUUUCAACCAAUUAGUUGUUUGGUACAUCAAAGACCAAACAAGUGGGUUGACUGACGGUAUUCACUGAAUUGACCAGAUGUUCUGGAAUUGUAUACACACAGCUUCAAGGCCAUUCUGACAACUAUGCAAUGGGCUUGUCUGUAAUUUCUCUGAAAUUUGAGGGUCUUUCUUUGCCGAGCUGAUCUUUAGAAUUUGCAUAAAACUUAGGUUUCUGAUUGCUAUUGUUGAAAAUGUUUUAUCUUGACUGUUGUGUGCUUCCUUCCCCUAACAGUCCCCAGAAAUACAAGUUCUGGUUAUGUUAACCCUGAACUACUACUACCCAUUUUCCCCUGUUUGAUUUGUUGGGCUCCAUAUGUGAAAGUAUUAGUGACUUGGGAACCAUUCCUUAUCAAUACAUGCUAUAGAGAUGCUAGAAUCUAUUUCUGAGAGCAUUAGGUUUGGAGAUCAGGAGAAGCUUCCUUUAUUACACUACUCUAGAUUCUUGUAGAGCAAAGGGAUACACUGAAGGCUAUUAAUGUCAUCUAGCAUUAUUAAGGGUUAGAAAUUGGUUUGAAGUUUAUAAGCAUCCAUUUAUAAAAAGGUUUUUGGGGGCCAUUUUUGACAGUUACUAACAUUUUUUUGGUCAAAUUUAUCCUUUAUAUUCAAUAAAUUAGUUAUACCAACUAUAUGUAUAGCCAUAGAAAUAGGUACUUGAUUCACUGUUGUACUAACUUUCAUCCCUUGACAGAUGUAAUCUGUCAGAUCUGUUAAAUGGUGUAAGGAGAGCUAAUAUAUCAGUCCUAUUUGGAGCCAAAUCAGUAAUAUCUGACAGUAAAAGAAAUGAUAAGGGCAAUUGUGAUGUUGCUUGUGGAAACCAUAAGACAAAUAUCUUUGACUAUCUAAGAAAGCUAUUACAUGAAGACUUUUUAGAGAUCCGAGAAGACAGUGUCUUAUAAAAUUCUUUGGUGACAUGAAACUUUGACCAGAAGAAAAAUGCCAUUGUAACCUCAUCUGUUUUUCCAUCUUAUCUUUCUUUUUUUUUUGCAUUGGACUGUAGUACCUUUAUUGCUUUCAGUUGGUCUCACUUUGGAGACCUGAAGCUGUUAUUGUCUUGAUUUUCUACUUCUUUGCCCAUGGGGCAAAUUGCUCUCAUGACAAGAAAUUUAGUCUUCUGUUAGUUUUAAACUCUUGAGUUAUCUUACCAUUUGAUAUAAAACAUGUCAGAUUAAAGCAGCUGUGCUCUACUUCCUGGGUGAGAGAAGGGGGUUGUAGAGCUGGACUGACACCAAAGACUACACUUUGGCGUUUUUUUCAGUGACUAGGUAAGGUCUCUAUCAGAAGCAUCCAUGCCUCUCAACAGUGACAGUUUCCCAAAUUAAAGUCAUGUCACAAAGAGCAUAUCCGCUUUCACGGUGAACUGACACUUCAAGCACAGUUCCUCUUAGUUCAGAAGAACCUUUCAGUGAUCUGUAUGGGCGACAUAGGAGGGGAACCUGUACAUAGGAGCAGUACUCAGCAAGUUACUAAAGUCACAUGUCUUUAAUUAUGAAAAUGCACUGUUCAGAAUGUUGUGGUUUAAUAACCCUGGUGUUAAAUUCCUUGGAGAAGAACAUUUAAGUUUAUACCUUCCUUUUUACUUGAAAAUACUUUAGUCCUUGAACCCAGACAUGACUCUCUUAAGGUUCCUCAUUUCCAUCAAGGUGUUUAGGUUACUUUCACCAUUUGUGUUUUCUCGUAGAAAAUAUGAGAGCCGAAUAUUGCUGUUUUCUCUCCUUUGUAGGGGAAUUGAGAAAUGCACAGAGCUACUUCAUCACUGUAGAGAAAAUGUGUGGUUUUAUAUUCUGGAUCUUUCUUAGCCCUUCAUCACUUUGAUCUAAAAGAUUCAUUCCUUCACCAAGAGUAGAAUAGAAGAGCUAGAAAUUUUUACACUAUGUUAUUUAAUCCUUGUGUAAUGUCAGAGUUUGAUAGGAUGUUUUAAGUCCAGUGACUAUUUUUGUAAUACAGGUUCUCCCCAAAUCUACAUAAUAAUCCAAACUUUGGAGCUACAGGUUCACAAUUGCUGCAUUUUCCUACCACCUUUAAUGGCUUGUCCUCUCUUCGCUAGCUAUCAGAAAGUGGGUGGGAGCAUAGUGUCAGAUCAAACAUGCACUAUUUUCAGAAAAGCAUACACAUUGCUCUUCAUGUAGAUUCUAUAAUUCUGUAUAUGCUCUGGAGCCUAAACCUCAUUGACUACCUCCUUGGUUUCUUGAAUUUUAGUUGUUUUUUAAAAGUUUCAUUCUUGGAUAACUUCAUUUUUUAGAAAAGAUUUAAAUGUAACUUUUCUCAUUCAGUGCUGUGUCAUUUCACAGUACAGAUCUGUGUAAAUUUUGACAGCUCUUCUAUAAAAAUUUUUAGAAAUGCAAUAGAAAAUGAUUUUGCACAUAUGGUGCAUGUCUCGCUGGUGUAUGUUUAGUGUGGCAACGCUUGCCAAAACUGCUCAGCAAAACAUAUCAAGUAGAACGCUUGAGUCAGAAAGCUAAUGUAAAUGUGUCUAAACAGCAGUAUGUAUCAUUAUGGUAUAUUUUUGUAAACAGUGAUGGUUUCUUUCAGUCAUGCAAGUACUGGAUAAAAAUAACCACUUAGCGUGGAAUAAUGCAGGAACAUAAUACCCAGCUGAUGGCCCCUCUGCAAAAUUUGCAUUGUCAGUACCUGGCAUUGGUUCUUCUAUUUGUGAUUUUUUUUUUUAGAGGAGAGUGAAGAAUUGAUAACAGACAAUAUGGAAUGCAAAAAUAACCCAUCAAUACUUGCCUUCUAAUAUGUAAAACUUAAAACCGUGACUAAUAGAGCUAGACCUUAGAACACUUUUUGCCUUUCAUGCUAUACUCAACUGAGAGAACAUUGAGAAAAUUGAACUUCCCUCUCUAAUAAUCAGGUUGGUCAGUUUGGCUGUUGAAUGCACUAAAUUCCCAAAUCUUUGCAGUAAGUGACCAGGUUAGUUUUUCACAUGACCAUCUACAACCAGCUAAAGUAAGGAACUAGGUUGCAUUGAAUCCCAGUUCCCCAAAUUACAAUGAGAAUACAUCGUUAAGGACUCAUUCCAAAACCCACUUGUUGUCAGAAUAACUACCAGUGGCCAGAUGGGUCUUGGUCACAUUGGAGAAAACAGCCCAUCCAAAACCACUAAGGAUAACAAUAGUAAUUGCAUAGCUAAUAUUCGUUGAGUUCUUGUGUGCCAGGUAUUUGCUAAGCACUUUAAUAUAGACUGGUUUUAAUCCUCACAACCGCCCUAUGAGACUUAACUGUUACCCCAUUUUGUUGAUAAGGACGCUGCCCAAGGUACUUAGCUAAUAAACAGGUCACCUUGGGCAUAGUAAACAGAAUAACUAGUUCAGUUUUCCCCAGUAGUCAAAGUUCUCAAAGCCUGUUGUUCAUUGUUCAUCGUUAUGCCAUUGAGGGAAAGUUGAUAUUUGUGUUACUAAAAACUACCUUUAAAGUAAGUUGAUGCUUAAGUACGAGCAUUUAAACCCUAUUUCUCUGAGAACUGCCAAGGUUUAUGCAUAAGGCUUAUGUGAGAUCCUAUGAUGAAGACUAGAAAAAAUUUUAAAGUCAUUAGUAAACUAACUACUAAUUUGUUCACCUUUAUUUCAUAGGUUCCCAGUAAAAAAAAUGCAGGGAUAAAAGCAAAAGUUUGAACUCAGUGAAGUGGUAUCUUUGGGAACUCUUAGGUGUUAGAAAUGGCACUGGGCAUCAGUUAGCCAAUGUUCCAUUUGUUUUUCGCAUUUGUAUUUGUAGCCUUAGAUUUGAUGAGUGUGGUUUGAAAGAGAAUUUUAAUUUAUGAUGUCAAUGUGAGAAAUGUUCUGAAGAUUUGGUAGGGAAGUAUAGUAGUUUGUUGAUUCUUUACUGUAGUUUUGACUUGAACAUCUUUUUGGCUGUGUUUAAGUUCAAGGGCAUGCAAGGCUGUGAGGGUCUGACUUGUGUUUCUUGGGAACUGGGCAAGCCCGACCAUGAGAUGAGUCCCGACUCUUUCAAGGUUACUGGUCUAGCCUGACCCUGUCCAAUUAAAGCAUUGCCUUUCUGUCUCCUCUCUGGAACUUCAUGUAGCAGCCUAACACUAGGGCCAACUUGCCUUUACUCUAUUUUCUAUGAUGAACACUUGUGGAGAAACUGUGACAAAUCCAUUGAUCCCAAUAUUUUUAUUGUUGGAGUCUUGUUGAUUCUCUAUGAUAAUUUCUAUUUGAUUGUACUGUGUAGAGUUAAUACCCACUAGGGAUAUGUUAAUAAAACUAUAAAUGCAUAGUGUAAUAUAGACUAGCAAGAUUUUUUUUGUGAACAAUUUAUAUAGAAGAGUACAUUGUUUUUUAAGUGUUAGCACAUUUCUUUUAGGAAGUUAAAAUGUUAUAAGAGUUUUUUAAACAUUCGAUAUUUUUAAUUAUAAGAAACAUUUGUUACUAGAGCUGGUUAUUUCAGGUGUUCUAAUUGGAGUAUUGAUUUUAUUACCUCAUAUACCUCUAGAAUGCCACAUGUUCUGUUGGAGAUAAAAUUGCACAAUAAAUGUUGAGUCUCUGUUAAGUAUCUUAACUUGUUUUUUGCAUCAUUCUCCAGUUCAGUGACAGUUUUCUUUUGGGGAAAAGAACUUUUUCUCCCCAACACUGAGUCUUUUCUGCCUAUCUUUGAAUGCCAAGAAAAUUUUUACCCUUAGUACCCAAAUGAAAAGGUAGUCCUUUAUGUCAGGAAACUAACCAAAAACCAUCAAAACAGUUGUUUGAA